AUGAAUCGUAAAAGAAGUAGUGUUUGGAAUCAUUUAAGUAUAAAAUCAAAUACGAUAGCUAAAUGUGGUUAUUGUCCCCAAGAAGUUAGCUAUAGUGGAGGAUCUACAGGAAAUUUAAUAAGGCACCUGAAGACCAAACAUAUUGGUGUACAUUUAAAUAGACAGUUGAGGGAGCAAAGAGACAACGUUGUACUAGCUCAAGAAAAUGAACCGACAGCAGAGGAAAAACUCUUGGCUCAAGAAAAUGAAGAUGAUCCUAUUGCUGUCACUCCGUCAAAUGCCGAGAACGCUAAGAACAUUGACGAUGUACCUUCUUCGAGUAACGUUCAAAAUCAACCAACUCUUUUAAAUUAUAUUUCCUCGGUGGCCACUCAAAGAACAGCUACAGUGAGUUCUGCUUCAAGUAUGCCAGUUGUAAGUACAGUCACAUCAUUAUCAAGUCAAACAUCUAUGUCAAGUUACAUAAUAGCAAGUAAGCCAAUUUCCAUUUCUAAAUCUAAAGCUAUCGACCAACAAAUUACUCGUUUCAUUGUUAACCAUUUCCAUCCUUUUUCUCUUGUUGAACAAGUCGAGUUUCGAAAGUUAAUAAAAAUGCUUGUGCCAAAUUAUACAGUUCCAACAAGAAAAACUGUUGCAAAUAGCUUGUUGAUGCAAAUGUAUGAAAGUGUGUAUCAAAAAGUGAAAUUAGAUGUACAAAAUGUUUCAGCUGUGAGUAUCACAACAGACGCCUGGACAUCUACUAACAAUCAAAGUUUCAUGUCAGUUACAGUACACUUUAUAAAUUCAGAUACACAAUUAUGUUCUCGUUUAUUAGGUUGUUUUUCUUUUACCGAGAGACAUACUUCUGACGAGUUGAGUAAAUUUCUCUUGAGCGUGGUGAAUGAUUGGGGGUUGGAAAAUAUGGUAGCUGCUGCUGUUACAGAUAAUGCAGCAAAUAUCAAGUCAGCAAUUAAAAAUAAUGGUUGGAGACAUAUCUCUUGUUUUGCCCAUGUCUUGAAUAUUGCUGUACAAAAAGGUUUAGAAUCAGUUCAUCCUAUAAUAGCAAAGGUCAAAGGUAUUGUUGAAUAUUUUAAACGAAGUACUUUAGCUCUUAAUAAGCUCAAAAAUCUUCUACAACAAAUGAGAUGCGAACAACUUAAAUUAAUUCAGGAUUGUAAGACCAGGUGGAAUUCCACGUUUCACAUGAUCCAAAGGAUUCUCAAGGUGAAAGAUUCUGUACUUGCAACUUUGGCUGUAACAAAUAAUGAACUGAACAACAUUACCAGCCAAGAAUGGCAAUUGCUUUCUCAGUGCUGCAACGUUCUAUCCAUUUUCAAUGAUGUCACCGAAGAAGUGAGUGCUGAAAAAAUAGUAACCAUUUCAAAGGUAGUUUUAUAUUAUGGAUUUUUGGAUGAACAUUUAACAUCAAACAUUUAUAAAAACGAUACAUUGCACGAAGUUGAAAAAAUGGCAACCGAGAUACAAAAUGUUCUACGUGCUUACUUUGGAAAUCUUGAAGAUAAAGAUGUUGUAGCCCAAUCUAUUAUUCCUGAUCCUCGCUUCAAAAAACAAGGGUUUUCUUCGGACAGCAAAUUUUUAGUGGCCAAAACUGUGCUUAGUAGGAAACUUCAAAGCAUUCGAAUUGGAACUGAAAACACUGCAGCUGGCCCAAGUACUGCAAAUCCACAAACGGCACAAACAGCAACAACUUCAUUAUUAUGGAAAACAUUUGAUAAUAAAGUAAAUUCAUUGAUUGGUCAAAAUAAUCCAACUGUUGCAGGAAUAGUAGAAUUGGAUAAAUAUUUAGCUGAGACGCUAAUACCACGCAGCAUGGACCCAUUGCAGUGGUGGUCAGAGCGUAAACACAUUUAUCCACGAUUAUUUGAAGUUGUAAAGAGGAGAUUAUGUAUACCAGCAACAUCUGUACCGAGUGAGAGAGUCUUUUCUAAAGCAGGUCAGGUGUUAACUGACUUUAGAAGUCGUUUGACAACUGACAGGGUUGAAAAAAUUGUAUUUGUUCAAUGUAAUCUAAAGUAA